CGUUUAAAAACACUGUGCCUGAGUUGUUGGUACCCUUUUUGCAUAUUCCUUUUUUUUUCUUUGCUUUCCCUUGUAGACUUUCUCCUUUCUUUGUUCGUUUGAUGCAUAUCCUUUGCCUUACCACUUGGACUUCUGUUUGAAGAAUAAGAAAAAGCAAACCAGAAAGGACCCUGUUUCAGAAAGGUACCUGUUUUGUUUUUGGGGGUCCUGUUCCUGUUCCUGCUUUUGUGUUUGUUUUGUCUUCCAGAUAUGAAGCCUCUCCAUUUUGCUUCUGUAUGGUCGGAACAGAAGGGUCGAUCGUUCAUCUACAGUAUUUUUAUUGUGGUUUCCAUGAUUUGUGCUGUCUACUUCAUUGGUGGUGCAUUCAUUUCGGAGGAAUACAGAGAAAGAUUAGCAAGAUGGGAAGUAAUGGAGACACUUUGGAAUGGGAAAUCUAAGACAUGCAAGGAUCAAUGUCGGCCUCCUGGAAGUGAAGCAUUACCGCAAGCGAUUGUCACCAAAACAUCCAACUUGGAAAUGCGGCCUUUGUGGGGCUCCACCGUCGAAGAUAACCGCAAUUUGUCAAUGAACUUAUUAGCCAUUGCAGUUGGGAUUAAGCAAAAAGAAGUUGUAGAUAGAAUUGUUAAAAAGUUUCCAGCUAGCGAUUUUGUUGUGAUGCUAUUUCAUUAUGAUGGUGUUGUGGACCAAUGGAGUGAUUUAACUUGGAGUGAUCGAGCCAUACAUGUGUCUGCUGGAAAUCAAACAAAAUGGUGGUUCGCCAAGCGUUUCCUGCAUCCGGACAUACUUGCUGAAUAUGAUUAUGUAUUUCUUUGGGAUGAGGACAUUGGAGUUGAUAAUUUUGAUCCAAGACGAUAUCUGUUGAUUGUCAAAGAUGAGGGGCUUGAAAUAUCGCAGCCUGCACUUGAUCCUAAGUCUAAUGUGCAUUAUCAACUAGCCAUUCGACAGAGAAAAUCCAAUGUUCACAGAAGGAUGUACAAAUUUAAGGGCAGCGGGAGGUGUGAUGACCACAGCACUGCUCCUCCAUGUACAGGCUGGGUUGAAAUGAUGGCACCUGUGUUCUCAAGGGCAGCCUGGCGAUGUGCAUGGUAUAUGAUCCAGAAUGACUUGAUCCAUGCAUGGGGCCUGGACAAGCUGCUCGGUUAUUGUGCACAAGGUGAUCGAACAAAAAAUGUUGGUGUAGUUGAUUCAGAGUACAUAUUUCAUCUUGGUCUUCCUACACUUGGUACUUUGGAUGGACAUGAGACACCAUCCAACUCCAGCAAAAUCGAUAAUAGACCUGAGGUAAGAAAACAAUCCUAUAUAGAGAUGCAGAUUUUCAACAAUAGAUGGAAUAAAGCUGUAAAGGGGGACCAGUGUUGGAUCGACCCUUAUCAAGUCUCAGCCAACCAAAGCAUACAUUAACACAAUGUCCAAUCCGAGCCAUCAUUUGUACAUAAUACAAGAAAUUGGCUCCUACCUGUAUAGACACCUUCGUACACAAUUCUGUUGGGCCUCGCGAAAGAUCGGAUGGUAAUAUAACCAUUAUUUGAUACCAAAAGUCAUGAGCUUGUGAGAUUUUUCUCUCAACAAAUGUCCGGUUAAUUCUUCACGGGUUGCAGAACAGUAUAUGGUCGAAUGCAAUGCUAUGUGGUGCAAAUUUUGGUUCUGAUAGUUUGACAGUUUCUUUUUUUUCUUUUUUUUUUGGAGUUUGAUAAUUUGUUUAACUCAAUGUAAAUAUGGCUUGUUGUAGAGACAAGUUCGAACAAGAUUUUGUGCUCGCUUACUAAACGAACUGAUCUUGAAAGAGAUUGAGUUCUGCUCACGAAUAACAAUGGUGGUGUUCAUAGUGCAA